CCUGCCUUCGAAUCGUUCGCCCUGCCGGCUCUCCGCCACCUGUGGCCGUCCAUCUAUUUGCCGUCGGGAACUGGGAGCGAUACAUGUUGCAUCACGGCGGUUUUGAAUCAGAAAAGAGAUUUUAAGAAAUGGCCCAUCUAUUCACUUCAUCGAUUACCGAGCCAGAUCGUCUCGCAAUUGCUCUGAAGUGUAAACACUUUGUGUGAUUCCUCUGAGCUAUCCCUUCUCCUGAUUUUUUUUGUCCCUCUUCUUGUUUUCCCUCUCCAAGGGGAUAAUAUCGUCUCUUGCUGUGGAUUGGGUUGGGACUCAGUACUUGUGAUGGAUUCUCCGUGCUGUUUCUGAGCAUUGUUGAAGGAUUAGUAGCUGAAUUGCUGGCUACUAAAUCUCUUCAUUUCUGUGGAUGUUUCUGGUUUUUAUGAAAGAUGAGCCAAGAUAACGAAGAGAGAAGAAGAAAAGCAAUGGAGACCCUAUCUUUGCAAAUAGACAAAUAUCCAAGAGAUCUGCUCCGAACAUUCAUGUCUAGGGACAAUACUCAACAAUCCGAAAGCCCAGAGCCUGAGAGUGGUUCGGAGGAGAUUGAGCUGAAUCUUGGCCUUUCGCUGGGUGGUCGAUUUGGUGUUGAUAAGCAUGCUAAAAAGUUAGGGCGAUCAUCGUCUAUCGUCGGAACAAUGCCUCUUGUGAGAGAGAACGAGUCCACAACCCCACCGACGCCGUCGUAUCCAGGCCUUUUGAGGACGUCUUCGCUCCCGACGGAGACGGAGGAGGAGUGGAGGAAGAGGAAGGAGUUGCAGAUGUUGAGGCGAAUGGAGGCGAAGAGAAGACGGUCUGAGAAGCAGAGGAGCUCUAGGACGGAGAGAGACGGUGGCGAAGGAAGGACUGAAAUGGAGGCCCCAAAGGGAAGUGAUUGGGCCUUUGGGCUGCCCAGCUGGGCUGCGGCAACAUCAAGGCAAGUGGUUCUUAGUGAUGUGUUGGCCCAAGGAAAAGCCCAUGGGCCAUUGGGUGGGACUUCUGGUUUCCACGGGGGAAGCUCGUCGUCGGGAAUGACAGAAAUGGAAGGCAAACCAUCUCAAGGAUCAAGUGAUUGUGCCGAGGCAAGUAGCCCUGCCUGUAAUCAGAUGGUGCAGGAACGAAGCAAUCAGGAUGCUGGGGGUUCCUCUGGGACAAAGUCAAAUGAGAAUAUGAUCAGAACACCCAGUGAGGUGGAGAACCCAUCAAGAAGACCUGGCCAAAACAGAGGUAGGGAAACUGGAUCAAAUGCAAUGGAAGACAUGCCUUGUGUUUUCACACAAGGGACUGGCCCUAAUGGGAAAAGAAUUGAGGGAAUAUUGUACAGAUAUGGUAGAGGUCAGGAAGUGAGAAUUAUGUGUGUAUGCCAUGGAAAUUUUCUCUCUCCAGCAGAGUUUGUGAAGCAUGCUGGUGGUGGUGAUGUUGCUCACCCGCUUAGGCACAUAGUUGUAAACCCUUCCUCUACUCCCUAUUUGUAAUAUAUGAUAUAUUUAUUGAGUAAAUUAUUUCAAUCAGAUAGCGUCUUUUCUCGUGUCAAUUUUUUGCUAGGCUCUUAGAUCAUAAACAUAUUAUAUGUAACCUUGCCUUUCUUGAAGAGAAUUCUUUGGUUCAUCACUUCGGGAUC